AUGGAUCUAACCGAUUUUUACUUGUUGGCUGCUCUUGUUGCCUGUUUUUGGAUGGACCCUUCUAUAGCCCAGGAACUGAUCUAUCCUAUUAGAGAGGAACUGCAGGAAAAUGUUCUCAUCGGAAACAUACCAAAGGACCUGAACAUCUCCCAUACAAACGCUGCUACCGGAGCUAGCGCCAACCUGGUCUACAGGCUGGUGUCUAAAGCCGGCGACAACCCUCUGCUCAGAGUGCAGAGCAGCACGGGAGAGAUAUUUACAACCUCCAAUCGUAUUGACAGGGAGAGGCUCUGUCCCGGCCCCUCGUUCGAGGAGAACGACUGCUCCUUCGAGAUCGAGGUGGUGAUUUUACCCAACGACUACUUCAGAUUGAUCAAGAUUAAGAUCGUCGUCAAGGACACCAACGAUAACGCUCCCAUGUUCCCGUCUCCCGUCAUCAACAUCUCCAUCCCGGAGAAUACGUUGAUCAACAGUCGUUUCGCCAUCCCCUCUGCCACCGACCCCGACACCGGCCCCAACAGUGUACACAAGUACCAGCUGGUGAACGGGCAAAGCGCCUUCGGGUUGGACAUCGUGGAGACGCCCGAGGGGGAGAAGUGGCCGCAGCUCAUCGUUCAGCAGAACCUGGACAGGGAACAGAAGGAUACGUACGUCAUGAAGAUCAAGGUGGAGGACGGAGGCACGCCACAGAAAUCCAGCACCGCCAUCCUCCAAGUCACCGUCACAGACGUUAACGAUAACAAGCCGGUGUUCAAGGAGAGCCAGAUCGAGGUCCACAUACCGGAGAACUCGCCUAUAGGGACGUCCGUAGUCCAGCUACAGGCUACGGACGCAGACGUCGGGGCGAAUGCCGAAAUCAAAUACAUGUUCGGGACACAGGUGUCCCCAGCUACCAAGAGACUAUUUGCUUUAAACGGCACCACUGGCCUUAUAACCGUACAGCGGCCCCUCGAUAGAGAGGAGACCGCCAUACACAAGUUAUCUGUGUUAGCGAGCGACGGCAGCUCCAGCCCAGCCAGAGCUACCAUAACUAUAAACGUGACGGACGUGAACGACAAUCCACCAAACAUUGAUCUGAGAUACAUCAUCAGUCCAAUAAAUGGCACUGUCUUCCUCUCAGAGAAAGACCCAAUCAACACCAAGAUAGCUUUGAUCACCGUGUCGGACAAGGACACGGAUGUCAACGGUAAAGUCAUCUGUUUCAUCGAGAAGGACGUCCCCUUUCACCUCAAAGCGGUGUACGACAACCAGUAUUUACUAGAGACAUCGGCGCUGCUCGACUUUGAGGGGACCAAAGAGUACAACUUCAAAAUCGUAGCCUCCGACUCUGGCAAGCCGAGCUUGAACCAGACAGCGUUGGUAAGGGUGAGGCUGGAGGACGAAAAUGACAACUCUCCGAUCUUCAGCCAUCCUGUCAUCGAGCUGGCCGUCAUGGAGAACAACAAACGCGAUCUCUUCCUCACGACUCUCAGCGCCACCGACGAGGACAGCGGGAAAAAUGCGGAGAUCGUCUACCAGCUGGGCCCUAACGCCUCGUUCUUCGACCUGGACCGUAAAACCGGUGUCCUCACGGCCUCCCGGGUGUUCGAUCGUGAGGACCAGGAUCGGUUCCUAUUCACGGUAACGGCCCGAGACAACGGGACGCCUCCACUCCAGAGCCAGGCGGCAGUCAUCGUGACAGUACUCGAUGAAAAUGACAACAGCCCCAAGUUCACCCACAACCACUUCCAGUUCUUUGUGUCAGAGAACCUGCCCAAGUACAGCACGGUGGGGGUGAUAACCGUCACAGACUCAGACGCCGGGGAAAAUGCCGCCGUUACGCUUUCCAUACUCAGCGACAACGAGAACUUUAUCCUAGACCCGUACUCUGGAGUAAUAAAGUCCAACGUGUCCUUCGACCGGGAGCAGCAGAGCUCCUACACCUUCGACGUCCGGGCGGUGGAUAGCGGGCGGCCGCCAUGUUUCUCGGCCGCCAAGGUGACCAUCAAUGUCAUCGACGUGAACGACAACACCCCCAUCGUCAUCUACCCCCCUUCCAACACCUCCUUCAAACUGGUCCCCCUCUCGUCCAUCCCUGGGUCGGUGGUGGCCGAGGUCUUUGCUGUGGACGGUGACACGGGGAUGAACGCAGAGCUCAAGUACGCCAUCGUUAGUGGCAACAACAAAGGUCUGUUCCGGAUCGACCCUGUGACAGGAAAUAUCACCUUGGAGGAGAAGCCUGCUAUCUCCGACAUCGGCCUCCAUCGGCUGGUCGUGAACAUUAGCGACCUGGGCUACCCUAAGUCCCUGCACACCCUGGUGCUGGUGUUCCUCUAUGUGAACGACACGGUCGGCAACGCCACGUUUAUCUACGACCUCAUUCGCCGCACCAUGGAGACGCCCCUGGACAGGAACAUCGGGGAGAGCAGUGAGACUUACCAGAGUGGAGACUAUCUAACCAUCAUGAUCGCCAUCGUAGCCGGGGCGAUGGUGGUGAUUGUGGUGAUCUUCGUGACAGUCCUGGUGCGCUGCCGUCACACCUCGCGGUUCAAGGCGGCCCAGAGAAAGAAGCAGGGCGCCGAGUGGAUGUCUCCAAACCAAGAGAACAAGCAGAACAAGAAGAAGAAGCGUAAGAAAAGGAAGUCGCCCAAAAGCUCCCUCCUGAACUUUGUCACCAUCGAGGAGAACAAGCCGGAUGACCCGGCUCACGAGCCCAUCAACGGCAACGUCAGCCUGCCUGCCGAGCUGGAGGAGCAAAGCAUCGGUCGCUUUGACUGGAGCUCUGCUCCCACUACCACCUUCAAGCCCUCCAGUCCAGAUCUAGCCCGGCACUACAAGUCCGCUUCUCCGCAGUCCGCGUUCCACCUCAAAGCGGACACGCCGGUCUCCGUGAAGAAGCAUCACAUGAUUCAGGAGCUCCCUCUGGACAACACCUUCGUAGGGGGCUGUGAUACUCUCUCCAAGAGAUCCUCCACUAGUUCAGACCACUUCAGUGCCUCGGAGUGCAGUUCCCAGGGAGGAUUCAAGACUAAGGGACCCGUACACCCGUCCAGACAGGUAAAAGAUAACUUUUACUGGUCUAUAAGUACUGCGUAUAACUGCCCGGUCCAACAGUGCUGA